CAAUAUCUCUUGUGUUUCGAAAAGUGGGCCAAGAUGAUGCAUGGAAAUUGGGUGGUUCGAUUUCAGUUCCUUUCAUGAUAGUGUUCAUUAUCAACCUGAACUUAAAUGUCGGAUGGCUUUUUGCUUGGGAUGCAGUUAACGCUACAGGUUCUGCAAUACUUCUGCUACUUAUAGCAAUUACUAAUGCUAUUGCCAUUAGUUUGUCUUCGGUAAGCUUUGGAAGAGUAGCAUCAGAUCUAUAUCAGAAUUCAAGGCUUGACUUUUGGGCAGGAGUUUGUGUUCUAAAUGGAUAUGAUAUAUAUGAUACUUGGACUACACUUGCUGCCCUAAUCAAUCUCACUGCCUUCUUUAUGUAUGAGACUGAUAUUGACGGUAACAGUGUGUGCAUCGGUGUGCUGGUAUUUGUGUUGGUGGCCUAUUCUGGAUACUUUAUUUUGGAGAAUACUUUAUUAACCUUUUGGGGGAAUCCAUGCUUCACACACUACUUAGUGCUGUUAUGGGCAGUAGUAGGCAUAUAUGCAGAGCAGAAAGACAAAGCAAGCACAGCAGUUGUUGCUCUGCUCAUAACAUUGAUUGUUGCAUCAUCACUUAUGUUUAUUGCCCGUGUGAUCAUUCUGUUCGUCAGAAACAGAAAAAAUACCUUUUACAAGAGAAGCAUCAUGUGAAUUGGUACUGGUAAUUCAAAACUGCACUAAUUGCAGUGCUACAUUUGCAAUUCUUUGAUGGAAUGGUGUGAUUUCUGGUUUUCCAAUAAUGUUAUUGAAGCAAGAAAAAAAUGUGGAAUGAAUUAUCAGUGCUUUACAUGUGAUUAUUUUUUGAGAGUUUAUGUAUAAUUUCAAAUUUUUAUCCAGUGAUUUUUACAAUUUAUAACAUGGAGUGUUUUUAUUUGCCAAUUACAUAAUCCAUAUAAGUUCCCUCUGAGAAUCUAGCAGUGCAGCUUUUUAUGAUAGCUGAUUAUAUUUCUGUCUGUUGUGCAUUAUUAGACUCAUAAAAAAAAGAUACUAGAGGCUUACAGUUCAUGUUUUCCUGAGAAUCUCCUUGAUACGUUUGAAAUGCUUGAUAUCAUCGCUUUCUGAUAAUUCAUUGUCUUGAUACCAAUUUUUUUUUUGAAAAGUGAUUUUAUUUGACUUAUUACAAAUACUUUAAUAUAUUUAUCUCCUCAUAUCCAAUGCAUAUUUAUUGUAUUUUUCUCGUAUAAUACAGUAAUAUAUUAACUUAGGAAGAGUAAGUUUUAUCACUUUCAGUUACAUUAGCAAGUGUGAUGAAAUAUCAUAGUAGUGUGAAUAGAUACACAUAAUAUGAAUUUUUUAUUAUGUAAAUGUAAUAAAAUAUUUUCAUUAAACAAGUUGUAAAGACUUAA